AUGAGAGCAAGGGAAGAGAGGGGGGAGAGGUGUGAGAGUGGGUGAGUGAGUGUGUGAGAGAGAGGUGGGGAGGGGGAGAGAAAGUGUGAGUGUGAGAAAAAGAAAGGGAGAGUGGGAGAGGGAGUCAGUGAAAAGAGAGAGAAAAGAGACACAGAAAGGGUAAUCUACCUCUUGGGACAGUAACUUCCACGUCGAUACAGGAAAUAUACUCAACGUAAAAGGGUCAAGGUUGGCCUGUGAAAAACCACCUGACCAACUCCACUGAGACUUGUAUUACAAAUCUGCUAAAACAGGUCGGGAACCUGGACAAACUUGGCCGUACCUGCAGGAGGUUUGGGUCGUGGCCCAACGGUGGGUUUCAAGUGAUCGGGCAUACACCAUCCACCAUUCAGAUUCAGUGGGUUUGGAUCAAUUGACCAUCUGGGAUUCAACCUUUUCAGAGCCAACUAAAGAUUCCGGAAGGAUUUAAACUGUGAUCUAGCUGAUUACCGUGUGGUUUAGACAAGACUGAAAAGAUACACAUUGGUUUACUGAAAUUUGUAAUGUAUUCACAAAGGAUUGUUUCUUUCAACUGAAACUGUGUGGGAAACUGACAUUUUCAACUGUGUCAAAAUUGAAAAACCAACAUCCAAAAAACAUCCAAGACCUUACAACCAUUUGAGACAUUAUGCACCGCCUUCCUCUUCCUUGUUCAUCUUUGCCCCGCCCCAUAAUAACACUUAACUACGCCCUUUUCCUUGGACUAAUUUUAAUCCUUCAGUGGGGUCCCCUGGGGGCCAGAGCUCAGAAUGACACUGAGCCAAUCGUGUUGGAGGGGAAGUGUCUGGUGGUUUGUGACUCCACCCCCUCGUCGGAACCGUCGGGUAACGCGUUGGGGAUGUCGGUGCGGUCGGGGGCCGGUCGAGUGGCAUUCUCCGCUGUCAGGAACACUAACCACGAACCCUCUGAGAUGAGCAACCGUACCAUGACCAUCUACUUUGACCAGAUCCUGGUGAAUGUGGGCAGCCAUUUUGACCCAGCACGCAGCAUCUUUGUGGCUCCCAGAAAAGGAGUCUUCAGUUUCUGCUUCCAUGUGGUCAAAGUAUACAACCGACAGACAAUACAGGUGAGUCUGGUAUUGAACGGACACCCGGUGAUUUCAGCGUUCGCCGGGGACCAGGACGUGACCAGGGAAGCAGCCACCAACGCUGGGUUGGUUACCAUGGAGAGAGGAGACAAGGCUUAUCUCAAACUGGAGAGAGGGAACCUGAUGGGGGGAUGGAAAUACUCCACCUUCUCUGGGUUUCUGGUGUUUCCUUUGUAGAGAGGGAAAGAGGGUGGGAGAUUAAAAGAGAAAAAGAGAGAGGGACAGGGGAAAGGCAAGCAAGGUGACAGAGUAGACAUCAAGUAAGGACACAGCUAGGGUUAGGAGGACGAGUGUGUAUGUAUGAGAGUUACAAUGAGUUUACAGCUCGCAUUGUAUCUGAAAAUCCUGAAUGUUACGAUUUUUGAAUGCACUUUUAAAUACACUGCUCAAUUAUUUAAAUGAUACUGUAGUGUGUACAGUUUAUGCUUGAGUAUUCAUGUAAUAUGUGUUGGCUUUUGUUGUCUGCAUGCAAAUAAUUGUACAUGCUAAUAAAAAGGGUUGGUCGUACAGUAAA